CCUAUCAUUUCAUUGAAAUCCUCCCCUCUUUGAACUAUAUUUCAACCCCAAAUGGAAUUCGAAACGAGUACGAUCAUUGUUUCCCAACAUUCCUCAUGCGAAUGCGAGGAUUGCUUGCUGUCUACCUGAUGUUCCUCCGCCUGCUGUUUCACUGUACCGCCAGUCACGUCCUGGCCAAGCGGCACUCUCACCUGCACAAACGUAUGGCCAAUUCGAGGGAGCUCUAUAACGAUUUUGGGGCUCUAAUCAAUGGCAUGCCCGGAUUAAUGGCAGCCGGACCAGCAGGUGGCCAAGGAGGAGAGGGUGGAGGAGAAGAAAAGCAAAAAUGUGCGAGUCAAAACGUCAAGUGUAAUGUGAAUGAGAUCAUUCAACCCGGUGAUCCAAAGACCAAGUCCUCGGCCAUAGCCAUGAAGGCAGCGGCAGAUGCCAAGGCGGCCAGUGAGGCGCAAUCGGCGGCAGGACAGGCGGCUGCCCAACAUAUUAAGCUGGAGCUGGCCGAGAAGGCUUUCCAGUCGGCCAAGGCCGCCGAGGCGGCUCUGAUGGGCAAGCAGAUGAUGGUCGAGCAGCUGGAGCAGGAGGUCCAGGAGGCCAAUGCCGUAGUCGAAGAGGAGACCAACGGCCUCCAUGCCACGGAGAACAAUAUGAACGCCGCCGUAGAGGCGGCCCGGGCGGCCACCAUGCAGUUUGAGACCAUCAGUGACCUGCAAAAGACAUCGCGGGAUAAUCUGGCCAAUAUCCAGUCGGUGGCCGUGGGCGCCCAAAACGAAAUGGCGGUGAAGACACAGCUCCUUGAGGCCGCCCGCAACCGAAUGAACAUUCUCCAUAAGCAGCUGCUGACCGCCCAGGAAGACUACGAGAAAACCAAGGCGGCGGCCUACAAGGCAGCCUGUGCCGCCGUGGAGGCCAAACAGAAGGCGUCCUCCAGCAGUAUUGUAGCCGCCGGCUUUCCCUUCGACAGGCGCAUCCAGCGGCUGAACAGAAGGAUCAGAUCCCUGAAAAACCCAGUCGUAUCGCCCCUCCAUCGAUUUCAAAACAAUCUUAUAUUUUGUAAAUGUUAAUGUUUUUUAAAGGAAUUUGGUUUGAUGAUAUAAACGAUUUUCGUUAAGAAUA